AGCUCACAUCCACCAGCCCAGCUUUCUUCCGUCCGCGCUACCUUCGGUGCCGCUCUCACGCGCUCCUCCUCCUCCUUUGCUCUCGCCUCCAUCCACACCUGGCUCACUUCUGCCAUCGGUGUCGCGACUGUCCUCGCACUGCAACUGAUGCGCUGAACUGCGGCGGCUCCAUCACAAUGCCCCGCCGGGUCUACGAGCGGCACGUCUUCGCAUCACCACAAGAGUAUCCUUGACACCUGGACCCGGGCCCAGCCCACGAGCAACCUUCUUCACAACCAUGCCUCCUCUGAUCGUCGAGUCCUCCAUCUGGUUCUUCAUUGUCAUCAUCAUAGCUGCGAGUAGAUUUGCAUCUCGAUGGAUGGCCCGAGGCUUUAAGCCGCAGGCAGAUGACAUCCUCAUGCUGCUUGCGAUAUGCUUUUACAUCGUGUUCCUUGUCACGAUCAACAUUGUUGCCAACACGAGCAGCAACCUCUUUCCAGAAGGAUUCGACAUCAGCUCCCUCACCAAGGCAGAUAUUCAACAACGUAUUCGAGGGAGUAAAUUGAUCUUGGUACUGGAGAACUGCCAAAAUGUUGCCAUAUGGCUCGCCAAGAUCUGUGUGUUGAUCCUAUACCUGAGGUUGACCACGCUCCGAUGGCAGAAUAUUGCCAUCAAGGUACUCCUGGGCGGCGUGAUUGUGGCUUUCGUGGUCAUGGUCAUUCUAUAUCUUGGAGUCUGGUGCCGCCCGUUCUCUCAGUACUGGGCCGUGCCACCCAACUCAUCACAAUGCAACGCCGCAACGAAUCACCUGAUUCUGAACGCAUGUCUUAACUUGACCAGCGAUCUCAUCAUGCUCGCGAUAGGACUGCCGAUAUUCUUGAAGAUGAAACUACCUUGGCGAAAGAAGAUACCCCUGGUUGGCAUAUUCUCUCUUGGAAUUUUCGUCAUCCUCGCAGCCAUCUUAAACAAAGUCUACUCAUUCAGCGAACCCUUUGGAUCCAUGUGGACAUACUGGUACGUCAGAGAAAGCUCGACAGCUCUACUCGUAGCAAAUCUACCAUUCGUAUGGGGGUUCUGGCGCAAAAUACUUGGCUUCAAACCAUCAGUAGCAGCCUCAAUGGAUACCGCCCUUCCCACGCACGACGAAAGCAGACGCAAAAACAGCGCACUUCCACCAGAAUUCGCCACAGUCUGGCGACUACAAGACGACAAGGACGACGACGUAGAACUCGAAGACGAAUUUCGUCGAGCAGGCCGAAGUCUCACACUCGCUGAAUUUCUCCGAGAAGAUCCAGCCGAUUAUCGAAGACCACCACAGUAUAAGGGUCACGCGGGACAGGCGAAUAACCAUGGCAACUGUCCAGUUCUGCAGGACUUUGCCACACAUGACCGAAUACGGCGAACAUCCGAUCCGGAAACGCAUGGAUCCCAGAAAUCUACGCAACCUGCCUCAUCGUUGAAAGCUUCCAUGGACGACAGGUCAGCAGCUUCAUUUGUAUAAAAAUUGCUGGGCCCUUUUCAACAAUGUGCCUGAGACGUUAAGCUAUGGCCACGAUCUCAUGGGCUGGAUGUUUUGAUAUGUUCUUUCGAGCGAUGAUACCCUAUGUGCGAAUAGAUGAGGCGAGAAUCUAAGGAGGUUCUUUUCGAAUGAUAUGGAUUGACAGGACUGGAAAAAAGAUAGCGUGUAAAAUUAACGAUGUAAUGACAUACAUACGGCCAAUCCAAGACUUGUGCCCA